AGACACUGUAUAAAUGAAAGGACAGUAAGGAGAGCAGAACAAACUCCUAACAGGAGGAGACUCACUCAUGGCCUAUGAGACAGAGGAUCAUGAGACUCAAUACUGCUUUCCUGCCAUCAACUCAUCAUGUAUCAAGGGAAAACGCUCCAGUCAUGAAUACAAUAUCAUGUAUGUGUUUUUUUCAUUGCUGUCAGCAUGGACUGUGUUUCUGAACCUGCUGGUGAUCAUCUCCAUCUCUCACUUCAAGAAGCUUCACACUCCAACCAACCUGAUUAUUCUCUCUCUGGCUGUGGCCGACCUGCUUGUUGGACUUAUUGUGAUGCCCAUAGAAGCCAUUAUGCUGAUUGAGAAGUGCUGGUACUUUGGCAAAACUGCCUGUGGACUGUUCACUAUGACCCUUGGUGUCAUUAUCUCAGCAUCUCUCAGUAAUUCAGUAUUAAUUGCGGUUGAUCGUUAUGUGGCUGUGUGUCACCCUUUACAGUACCCACAGAAAAUAACAACAACUAAAACCAUAAUGACCAUCUGUCUUUGUUGGUUUUGCUCUUCAGGUUAUAGCACUGCCCUGUCAAGCAGCAAUGGACGUUUUGACACAUCACACGAAACAGAUGCAUGUUAUGGUGUGUGUUCUGUCAUGAUAAGUUUUACGUGGAUAGUCAUUGAUCUGUUCAUAUCCUUGCUGUUUCCUUGUACCCUGAUCAUAACUUUAUAUUUGAGGAUAUUUUAUGUUGUACAUCAGCAAGUGAAAGUUAUAAACGCUCUGAUGAAGGGUGGUAAAUGUGUAAUGGAAGGCUCAGUGAGGAGGAAAUCUGAGAGCAAAGCUGCUCUGACAUUAGGAAUCAUUGUGGCAAUUCAUAUUCUCUGCUGGUUACCUCUCUAUAUUUUUUCUCUUGCAGGGAAUACAGUAAUGUCCUCUGUAAUAGUGAAUGUUCUAACAUGGGUCUUCUAUAUUAACUCAGGCCUGAAUCCUCUUAUCUAUGCUUUAUUUUACCCUUGGUUACUUUACUUGGUUAAAGCUCACUUUCAAGCUGCACCCUCUGAUAUAAGGCACCAUAAACAAUAUUACACAUUACAUUUUAUGUUGUGGUAAGAACUGUAAAUUGUAUAAUUGUGGUUCAUUUCUAACAAUGUAUAUGGACACUUUGCAGUGUCUCUUUAUAGAAUGAGUUUUAUAACAUGAGAAACAACAGCUCUGCUGAUGUGGAUGUGCUUGGCACAAAGAAAAAAAAAACAUCAAACAAAAGACAAAUUAUGUCAAGAUGAGCAAAACAGCCCUCCUAUGCAACUUCUGAUGAAAGGACAGAUUAAUAGUUUGUUAAUAAACCUUAACCCAGGCCCUCUAAACAAGGCAUAUUCAAUAAUAAUAAUAAUAAUACACCCAAUAAAAUGAACUAUCACACAGUUAUUUGAAUAGAAGUUUCAUUAGUAAAUCAUUAUUUUGAGUUAGAUCAGUGCAUCAGUUGAUGUAGAAUCCUCUUUAAUUGAUAUUUUUACAGAUUAUUCAUGAUUUUUGU